AAGAUCUCUCUGCUGAGGAAUGGCUCCUUCUAUGGCUUGGCCGCCCUGGAAAAGCUGGACCUGAAGAAUAAUUUGAUAAGUACAGUGGAGCCCGGGGCCUUCCGUGGUCUGCUAGCUCUGAGGAGACUGGAUCUGUCCAACAACAGGAUUGGCUGUCUCGCCCCUGAAAUGUUUUCUGAUCUGGGAAACCUCUCAAAAUUAAAUUUGUCUGGUAACAUCUUCUCCACUCUGACCACGGGACUCUUCACGCACCUCGUGGCCCUCAAAGUGCUGCACUUCAGCACCGACACUCUGUUCUGUGACUGCCAGCUCAAGUGGCUGCUCCUCUGGGCCCGGCGCCGCUCCGUGAGGAUCGGCAACGACACGCUCUGCGUUUUCCCCAACCACCUGCAUGGCCUGGAGUUCCGCAGCCUCCGUGAACAGCAGCUCAGCUGCG